CAUUUUUCAACUUCUUCUCUAUCAUGUUAUAAAUACAUACCCGUUGAAUACAUCAGUAUAGCGCGUGUGCGCUCUCAAACCAAGCGUGCUACAUCUUAACUUCAUAACUUUGCUCCAUCGAGCUCAAGUUUGGCUCAAGAACGCAUAUACAAAAUGACAGGAUCAAAAGACGAUAAAUUCGCCCCACAUCCGGUGAAAGAUCAGUUUCCCGGAGUCGAGUUUUGUGUCAAUAGUAACCCUCCUUGGGCCGAAGCCGUUAUUCUUGCUUUUCAACAUUAUUUAGUGAUGCUUGGGACCAUUGUUAUUAUAUCUUCCAUCAUAGUUCCUCCAAUGGGUGGUAGCAAUGUUGAGAAAGCUCGUUUGAUACAAACAAUGUUGUUUGUGUCCGGAUGUAACACAUUGUUACAAACAUUGUUCGGGACUCGGCUGCCUGUGGUGAUUGGAGGAUCGUUUAGAUUCGUCGUUCCUAUGCUCUUCGUCGCUUUACAAGAUCGUUAUAGUAUCUACCUUGAUCCCGUCGAAAGGUUUCGUCAUACAAUGAGAGGAAUGCAAGGAGCACUUAUGAUUUCUUCACUUCUUCCAAUCUUGUUGGGGUUUCUUGGUAUCUGGAGACUUGUUGUCAGGUAUCUAAGCCCUCUAUCAGCCGUUCCUCUAGUAACGCUCGUUGGAGUUGGUCUCUACGCUCAAGGAUUUCCUCUGUUGGCCCAAUGCAUUGAGAUCGGGCUUCCUGAGUUGAUUCUACUAGUUUUAUUUUCCCAGUAUGUUCCUUACUGGUUUAAAUCAAAGUGGCUUGACCGGUUUGCGGUCCUAAUCUCUGUAGCAACUGUAUGGGCAUAUGCAUCCCUUUUAACAGCAGCCGGUGCGUAUAAAAAUAGACCGCCCAACACUCAGUUCAGCUGUCGUGUGGACCGCUCUGGUCUUGUAAGCGGUGCUUCAUGGCUCAAGUUUCCUUACCCUUUCCAAUGGGGUCAACCUACUGUUCAUGCUGGGGAAGCCUUUGUAAUGCUUGCAGCUGCUUUCGUGUCUCUUAUCGAGUCGACAGGCACUUUCAUUGCAGCCGCGAGAUAUGGGAGUGCUACACAUGUACCAUCUUCUGUUUUAAGUCGCGGAGCUGCUUGGCUGGGACUUGGUAUCUUGAUGGAUGGAUUAUGGGGCACGGGAAUCGGCUCAACUGCAUCAGUUGAAAACGUCGGUCUUUUAGCUGUCACUAAAGUGGGAAGCAGAAGAGUGAUUCAGAUGUCUGCAGGAUUCAUGUUCUUAUUUUCCAUCUUAGGAAAAUUCGGAGCGAUUGUUGCUUCUAUACCUUUACCGAUCAUUGGAGCUCUAUACUGUGUCUUGUUUGCCUACAUGUCUUCGGCGGGUCUAGGAUUACUUCAAUACUGCAACCUUAACAGUUACCGAACAAAGUUCAUACUUGGUUUCUCACUCUUCAUGGGUCUUUCCGUCCCACAAUACUUCAACAACUAUGUGGUAACAACUGGAUACGGCCCUGUUCGCAGUAGAUCCACUUGGUUCAACGAACUAAUGCUGGUGAUAUUUACAUCUCCGCCAACAGUAGCAGCCAUCGUUGGUAUGUUUCUUGACCGGACUCUCGGAUACAACCACAAAGAUGUCAGAACAGAUGGUGGGAGACAUUGGUGGGGAAAGUUUAAGUACUUUGAAAGGGAUGUUAGAAGUGCAGAAUUUUAUUCACUUCCAUAUGGUCUUUCCAAGUACUUUCCUUCUGUUUAAUGGUAUUUUAUUUGUUCAUUUAGCAGAUAUGCAGGCUUGUGCUCUUGUGAAUAUGUUGUAUUAUCCAUAUAUCAAGAAUGUAUCCUUUCGUGUUGUUAUAUAUAACGGAGCACAAGACGGUUCUUGCUUGA